AUGAAAUAAUAAUUUUUACAAAUUAGACUUUAAGACUCAUAAUAGGAGAGAUCUUGUAUUUCCUUAGAAAACAUGAUUGAGAUGCUCAAGGAUCCAGAUUUUAUAUAGAAGUGUCAAUAAUGUUAAUAUGAUUAUGAAUUAAUUGAAUUAUUUCCUUUAGUAGGUUAUGGUAUUACGAUUAUUAAAACAAAAAAAAAUUCAGAAACUAAAAUAAAGGUUACAUAGUUUUCUAAAGUUGAGAAAAUUAUAGAUCUAACCUAUUUGGAUUUAAAAAAAAUCUCUAGAAAGGAAGGAAUGCCAAACUGUAUUUUGCCUUUAUUAUCCUCAUAAGAAGCAAAUGCUGAAUUAUUAACGUGUGAACUAUUUAAAAGAAAGAUUUCUUACAUAGUACAUGAAAAAUUAGAUUCUUAUAAAGAAGACACUUACUUUUAUUUACUUUAAGCUAGUAUUCAUCAUAUAAUUAAGAAAGAGGGAAUUUAAUCUUGGGGAAGAGAGAUUAUGUUCCUAGUAUUUGAAACUUGUAAGUAAGUAUUUAUUAAUACUCCAUUUUUUUGUAAUUCAAUAGCGACUUAGUAAUUCUAAUAAUCUAAGUUUUAACUUCUAAACUUAUUCUGUUUAUUUUAAAUGGGACAGUUAACAACAGAAAAAAUUUUUUAACAUUAUAUUAAACCAAAUAUAAUACUUGAAAAUUAUCAGAAAUUAGAUGAAGAUUAAAUCUAAAUAUUUUUUGAUAAUUUAAGAUUUGAAAAUAUUAAUUAGAUUUAUGAGAAUAUCUUUCAAUUUAUGGAAAAUUAUUUAAGGGAGAAUAAUUAUUUUAUUAUUAAACUAACAUAAAAGAAAAUUAUAUAUGGAGUUUUAGAUUAUAUGAUACCAAAAGAAAAUUAAUGGGAAAAUCUAGAAAAACUUUAAUAAAUUUAAGAUUAAGGGAUGGAAAUACAAAAAUUAAAAUAUUUCACAAUUUCAACUAUCUAUUUAAAACUUUUAAAUAAUCUAUUUGAAGAAUAUAAUGAUGAAAAGAAAAUUAAAUAUUUUUAAUCAUUCUCUCAACAUUAUGAAGAAGAUAAUGAAUAAUCAUUUCAAUAUUUUCUUAUGUAGCAUAUUAAGUAUUAAGAUAUUUAUGAAAUUUAUGAAUUAUAUAAAUAAACACAAAAUAAUUUUUAAGAAGAUGAUCCUAUUUUUAUAGAAAAAUAUUAAUUUAUAGCUAUUCGCUUUAUUGUGAAUAAAAUACCAAUUGAUUAAAUUAAGAAUACAAAUCCUUAAAGUUAUAAGGACUUAAAAUAGUUAAAAGAAUUAGAAAGAAUAUAAGAAUAUUUAUAAAUAUUUUAAAAAAUCUUUUCGUUAAGUGAUGUAUAAGCUAAAUAAAUUAAUAAGAUAAUAAUUGAGGAAGUAUAAAAUUUGACUUGGUUGAAUUAUUUAUCAUCAAUUACUAAUUUUAAGGAAGAGAAUUCAAUUAAAUAAUUCUUAUUAAAUUUUAUUUCUCAUCUAUAAGGAUGGAAAUCAAAAUAAUAAUAGGAAGCUUGUGCAAAAAAUUUAAUUGAACUUAGUAGAUUUAGUUUUUUAUUAUUACAAAGGACAAGAAUGUUAGGAUCAAUAAAAACGUUUAAUUAAUAAUAACUUUAGGAAAUUUUAACUAGGGAUAGAUAAAAGGAAUUCUUUUGUAAGAAAAUAUUUGAAGUUAGUAAAACAAUUAAAGGAUGA